UCUGGGAUGGGCACAGGUAUGGGAAAUGUGACACAGUUCCCAACUGUGAGGUUGGCUGCUCAGGACGGUUGUGGUUCGCGCUCGCCUGAUAUUUGUAAAGUAGGUUGGCAUCAGUAGUCUUUUGCCAUUCUUGUGUGUUGAGUGGAUUAAUACUACUCCAAGGAAAGGAGGGAGUCAGGCUUGUUUCUGCUCAUGAACCGCAUUCUGCCACUGUCUCUAAGCCUAUAUGGUUUUUAAUGUUUGUAAGGUAGAGGUCAAGGACUCUCAACAUUUGUCCAUUUCGUUAGUCUGUGUCUCAUGUUUUGUUUUAAAAGUGUAUUUUCUAGAGACUUUACGAAGAUCUUUAACGUGUUUUCAUGAAUAAGUUUUUGUUGACCUCUGUACCGUGGAAGAACUAGGGUAAUAUUGAAAACAUUUCUCCCUAAAUACAUUUGUGUAAGCAGAUAGGUAGAUAGUGAUGGGACUAGUUGAACUCUGAGUAGGCUGUGCAGUGUAUAGUUGAAAGACGAACAGCACCCCAUGGUAUCUUAGUGUAAGUAAUUUUUCAUGCCAAGAGAGCAUAAGUAACUAAAUUUUGAGUGUGAGGAUGGAUUCCUAUAUUAUUCAAUUGGUAUUUUAGCCGUUUGCACUAGAAAAAAAACAAUGGGCUUUAAAACCUAUUUUCAGAAAAGCAGGUUUUCUUGCUAUAAGUGGUUCUGUGGAGAUGAAAGGCUGUAGAAGCUUUACUUCCGAUCAUAUUUAAUUUGCACUGUGUUCGACUGAAAUAUUUGCUUGGGCAAAAUUAAAAUAUGGAAAAUUUCGGUAGUGAAGAAGUAGUAUUCUGGUAAACUUUGAAAGAAGCUGAAAGAAUUGACAGAUAUCCAGCUGUUAAUUAUCAGAAGUUACAGCCUUUUUUCGACUUAAAAAAAAAAGAAGUUCGACCCUUUGAUAAGUCUUCUCAUUAUGCCUUCAUUUCCUGUUGGCUUAUUAAAAGGAGGCCAGGAUCUAUUUUAUAAAAUCAAUUAUUUUUUCACUUUUCAAAUAUAAAAUUAUAAUGUUAAACGUGCUGUUUUGAAAACUAUCCUUGCCUCCCUAUUCAAAUAGUCCUGGAGGAAGGGGCCACUUUGUCUUACUCAGAUCCUUUGGGAAUCAUGGAGUCCCUGAUGUGCAAAAGUUUACAAUGGAUUUUGGAUAAACAAGAUCUGUUGAAGGAACGCCAAAAGGAUUUAAAGUUUCUCUCAGAAGAAGAGUAUUGGAAAUUACAGAUAUUUUUUACAAAUGUUAUCCAAGCAUUAGGUGAACAUCUUAAAUUAAGACAACAAGUUAUUGCCACUGCUACGGUCUAUUUCAAGAGAUUCUAUGCAAGGUAUUCUCUGAAAAGUAUAGAUCCUGUAUUAAUGGCUCCUACAUGUGUGUUUUUGGCAUCCAAAGUAGAGGAAUUUGGAGUAGUCUCAAAUACAAGAUUGAUUGCUGCUGCUACUUCUGUAUUGAAAACUAGAUUUUCAUAUGCCUUUCCAAAGGAAUUUCCUUAUAAGAUGAACCAUGUAUUAGAAUGUGAAUUCUAUCUUUUAGAAUUAAUGGAUUGUUGCUUGAUAGUGUAUCAUCCUUAUAGACCUUUGCUCCAGUAUGUGCAGGACAUGGGCCAAGAAGACAUGUUGCUUCCCCUUGCAUGGAGGAUAGUGAAUGAUACCUACAGAACGGAUCUUUGCCUACUGUAUCCUCCUUUCAUGAUAGCUUUAGCUUGCCUGCAUGUAGCCUGUGUUGUACAGCAGAAAGAUGCCAGACAGUGGUUUGCUGAGCUUUCUGUGGAUAUGGAGAAGAUUUUGGAAAUAAUCAGGGUUAUUUUAAAACUGUAUGAGCAGUGGAAAAAUUUUGAUGAGAGAAAAGAGAUGGCAACUAUUCUUAGUAAAAUGCCGAAACCAAAACCUCCUCCAAACAGUGAAGGAGAGCAGGGUCCAAAUGGAAGUCAGAACUCUAGCUACAGCCAAUCUUAAAACAUUCCGAAGAAUUUCAUAGUGGACCAGUUGGAAAUAAACCAUUGGACAGAUUUCAGUAAUGUCUUCAAUGGAACACAAAUGAAAAUGAAUAGCUUGUUUCUGUCAAGCAUAUUGGGAAGUGAUUUUAUUUUUGCAAAAUGUUUUCUUUACUUAAUUUGAUUCUAAUACAUAAUUGUUUAAAAUCUAUUGUUUAUGAAAGUUUGGAAAGGUUCUAAGAGAACCUACAGACAGACAUUACAGAGACUUUUGAAAAUAGCUUCUGAUUAGUAAAAUUUUUCUUAAUUUGGAUAAUAGAAAUUUUAGCUUUUUUAUUAAGCCAGAAAACAUGAAACAUAAUUUGUUUAAAAUUCUCUUUGGUCACUGAAUGACCAAAAAAGGAAAUAAGUCAAAUAUAUGGGGGUCUUUUUUUUUUCUCCUUAAGUUAAACUUUAAAAUUGUAUUUAAGGAAUCAAAUCUUACAAAAUCCUGGAAGGUUUUGGUGAUGAUGAUGAUGAUUUCAGGGAAAUGAAUCAAUUACCUAUGAUUUUAAAGUGUAUUUUAUUCAGUAGUUUUGGUAUCUUGCCAUGGAGGAUACUAGCCCAGCCUAGCAGAAAAGUGCAAUAUGUACAGCAUACUUUGACAUUUUAAAAGUUAUACUCCAUAACCAUUUUGAAAUGCUGGGCAAACAUUUUAAAAAAUUGCAUUUAAUUCAGUUAAUCAGGCAUUUUGAAUGCUAAUUGGAUGGAAACUGUAAUAUGGUUGAAAUUUGUUAACAUUUUUGUUAUUUUUACUGUGAAGUUUUUAUAUGACGUACACACCCUAGUUUAUUUUUGUGUCUUAGUGUGGACUACAGAUUUACUACAGGAAUCCUGAGCCAGGAACACAGUCAGGUUUCAGGCCAGUUAGAUACUGGCUGUUCUUAAUUCUCAUCUGAGUGUAGGACUUCAGACUAAAUGUUAUGUCAGUGGGACUUUGCUGUCUGUAGAAGUUACUAAAUUACAUGAUCAUUUUCUUCAGACUUGAAGGAGAGUGAUAAAAUUUGGAGUCAUAGGAUAUUGAUGUACAAUUUAAGGAUUAAAUUUUUUUAUAAUUCAAUUGUGAAUAAUGGAUUAUUAAAUGUUGACUUCCUAGUGUAAAACUACAAAAAUAAAAAUACAUUCUCCAGCU